AGAUCCAGAGGAGCCAGUUGAGAACAACAGUUUCAGGAAGGAGACAAUCCACAGUGUUAUGGGUGGCUGAGAUGCCUGCAGAGGUUCCAAUGGACAAGUUCAAAUAUUUCAAAUGGAAGUUUUUCCUCCUCUUCAUUUGUACCUUCAUCUUCCUCUGCAUCCUCAUUGUGAAACCGCCCAUGACGUAUAGGUCAAAUCCAGGACCCUACAGACUGAGCAAAACGUGUCCCUUUCAUGUCUCUGAUCAGACCAUCACCCCCCUCAACGACACCAAGCACCUACUGGUGUCGGCCUUCAUGGACCAGAGGGUGAAAGGCUUUGAUAUACGCAUCAUUGGCAUCUUCAGGAAUGACUCCAUCCAACCCCUUCACUGUCGCUUCUGCUGUGAAGGUUUCUUGUCAAUCCCAACUCCAGCAAACAUUUCACAACAUUCAAACAAAUUUGGAUUUCCCUUCGACACAACAGAUGUCAUGUGUCCGAUUCCUGAAAACUGCAACGCGACACAUGUCACUCUUCUGACUCAGCCAGAGAGUGGGAUUGCACCUAAACAGAUUUGGCUCCCGAUAAGAAACAGAAAGACCAACAUGGACGAGGAGGAAAAGCUGCAGUUUAACUUCACAGUCUGCAUCUCGAACCUGUUUGGAGACUACAACAACGUGCUUCAGUUCGCCCAGGCCCUGGAGAUGUACAGGUUGCUGGGAGUGGGUAGAGUGGUGAUCUAUAACACCAGCUGUGGCCCAGAGCUCGAUCGUCUGUUGCAGAUCUACAGCCAGGACGGCUUCCUGGAGAUAGUUCAAUGGCCCAUCCACCAACAUCUGAUUCCAUCUACAGGUUGGCUCUUCUCAAAGCACGGAGGGGACGUGCACUACUUUGGCCAGUUAGCCACGCUCAAUGAGUGCAUUUACAGAUCCAUGGAGCGCUCACGCUACGUCUUGCUGAACGACAUUGAUGAGAUUAUAAUGCCUUACCAACACGACAACCUGAUGUCUAUGAUGAACAUGCUCCAAGAACAGCAUCCAAAUGCUGGGGUGUUCAUCAUAGAGAACCAUUUCUUUCCCAAGAAACCCUUUGAGGGAGAAAAAUCAGGUCCACUGCCUCAAUGGAGAGGGGUGCCAGGCUUUAAUAUUAUGGAGCACAUCUACAGGGAGGAGCCGAACAGAACCAAAUACCUACCCAACAAGUUGAUAGUUAGGCCAAGGGCGGUGGAGCAGACCUCGGUACACGAAGUGCUCAAGCAAUUCAAGGAAGAGUUCAUGGUUCCGAUGGAAGUUUGUCUGAUCGUCAACUGCCGAAUGACGUACCCAAAAUCACAGCUGGAGCAACUCCGUGUAGACACCCGACUGUGGGACUUCUCAGAUGAACUAUUGACCAGCGCCAUGAAGAUGCUGAGGAGAGCCAGGCUGCUGAGCUCCGAGGUGGAGGGUCGACAGAUUGGAUAAACAGGCUGAGUGAAUGCACAUUCUCACCAGCUGGACAUAUAAAAAACAUUUGAAUAAGGAAAGAACGACACUGAGCUUUCACCUUUUUAAUGGGCAGAGGGCCGAUGUCUACUCACUAUUGUAGAGAGCAGGUUGGCAACUAAAAGGGGACAAGGGCCCCGAAGCUCUGGAGCGACUUGCCAGAAGAAAAUUAGGCUGUCAAAGUCAGUAGCUGUUUCUCAAUUCAGGCCCGCAUCCUUCUGCAGACUUGGUUCAUGAACCUCUGUGAGCACUUGCCGAAAUAAGGAUACAGUGGAUUUCAUAUCUGCCAGCUGCUUUUCACUGCAUUGCAUCGGCCCCAGAGAGGAUCCACCCGCUUGGAUCCUCUGUUACUUAGAAAUGACGCAUUUACCAGCAGCAUUUGAAGGAGCAUUUGGCACCAAUGGCCUUUAAAUGCAGCCUCUGAAGGAUGCUGCCCCUGAAUUUGGAUACAGCCAGUGUCAUCUUUUAAGUCCCUUCUCCAAACUUACUUUUACCAGAGAGCCUUACGGGAUGUGAACCUGCC